UUUGUAUUUGGUUUUUAUAUCUUUGGUCGUAACCUCAACAAUAUAAUAUCAAUGUUAAAAACUUUUUCUUUUCACUAAUGUAAAAUGUUCCAUAGAAUUCUGUUUAUAUACACAAUUUUGUGAAAACAACUUUGUAACAUAGUAAAAAGUUUAAAUAAAAAUGCCUCCUAAAAAGAACGCAAUUAAAACUUCUAAACCCAAAAAUACUCAAAAAAAGGCGACAAGGAAGAGAAUAAUAAAAGAAAAUCCGAAAUUCAAGACGCCUAGUUUAAUAAGAAUUAGAUUACCUUCCAGAAAAGAAAGUACUGAUAAUAAUGAAAGUGAUGAUUUACCAAAAAUUAUGAAAUUCAGUGACACAUCUCCAAAAGUCACAACAAGACAGGUGGUGAUGCAACAGAAAGCUUCUCCUACUGAAGAAUCCCUUCCUGAAAUCAAUGUCAACAGUACUUCACCAAAACCUGUCAAGCCAAAUGAAACGCCUCCAAAAGUGAUAAAGAAAAAAGUGUCUACACAGAAUGAAGUUGUAACAGUCAAUAAAGAAUCCCUUCCUGAAACCAAUGUUAACAGUACUUCACCAAAACCUGUCAAGCCAAAUGAAACACCUCCAAAAGUGAUAAAGAAAACAGUAUCGCCACGGAAUAAAGUUGUAUCAGUCAAUAAAGAAUCCCUUCCUGAAAUCAAUGUCAACGGUACUUCACCAAAACCUGUCAAGCCAAAUGAAACACCUCCAAAAGUGAUAAAGAAAACAGUAUCGCCACGGAAUAAAGUUGUAUCGGUCAAUAAAGUUGUAAAAUAUCAUUUAACAAAACAGAAGCCCCGUGAAAUAGCAAAAUCAAUGGUAAAUCCAUCAACAAGCACUGGGGUAAAGAAAGCGGUGAAACGAAAGGGGAGAUCUAAAAAGUUGAAUUAUUUAGUAGAAUCCCCGUCUGUUGAUGACAACACCGAGUUGGAAGAACCAACUGCCGAUAAAAAUACCAAUGGUGAUUCACCAGAAAAUAUAAAAAUCAAUGAGACAUCACCAAAGCCGACGGUCAAACAGAUUUUACAUCAACGGAAAAUAGAAUUGGCUAAUGAAGUUAUUAGACAUCAUUUUCCGCAACAGAAGACUUUCGAACAAACAAUAUCAGAGAUUCCGACAGCCAACAGUGAGAACAAAGAGGUGGUCAAACGACGAGUGAAGUCUAAGAAAAUUCCUGAUGAUUUAGUGGACUCCUUGACUAAUAUUGAGAGCACUGAAUCAGAAGAGUUCGUAGUAAAGAAACCAAAAAGGAUUUAUACCAGGAAAGUGCCCGUAAAGCAAAUUGUACAAAAAGCGACGGUACCCACAGAGGAUGCUGAAGAUAACCAACUAGAAACUGCUAACAAAAUAGAAAGUAAAUCAGUGAAAAAGGCAAAAUCCAAUUUACAAACAGAAACAUCGAUGGAUGGAAAAGAAUCUACUGGGAAAGCUCAGAAGAUAAAAUCGACAAAACCUAGAAUUAUAAGAAGAACACCUAGAGGUAAGAAAAAUAGUAUAAACAACACAGCCAUUAGUGAAGCAGCAGUUGUUGAUCAAAAUAAAGAUGACAAAAAACUAAAAGUAAAUGAUGCAGAUGAUACGAAACUGUCUAAGACACCUAUAUUACCUAAAAAGAAAGCUAGACAUAUCGAUUCAAGGAAAACAUCAACAGCAAGUAAUUCUGAGUGUAUGUCAUGGACAAAGGAUAUUUCUAGUUCAAGUACAACUACUUCUGUAACGGUUUGUUCAACAGAUAUUGUUCGUAUCGAUAAGAAAUUUCCAGUACUUAAAAUUCCAUAUGUGGAUUACAAACUAAAAAAACGAAUGAAAGAAGUUGACAGAGGUAAAAAGCCAACAACAUUAUCAUCAACUUCAUCACCCACAUCUAAGUCGGAAUCUUCAGAUGAUUGUUCAAAAUGCAAAGCCGGUGAGCAGAGUAUAGUAGUGGAUGGUCAUACUGUAAAUUUGAGUACUUCUUCUGUAUCAGAAAUUAACGCUUCUCAAGAAACGUGUCAUGUUAACAAAAAUAAUAGCAUUAGUAAAAUUAGUAAGGCUUUAGAUAAACUUACGUCGAAUUUAAAAAAAAUAGAUAUGGAAAUCUUAAAUUGGAUUGGUUACCAGAACGAAGAGGUAGACAUUGACGCUCUAAAGGCCCAAGAACGCAUGUUUAGAAUACUUAAGGAAGAGAGUGCUGUGAUAAUGCUAUGUAAAAAUAUAAAACGUGUUUUAUCUGAUGAAGAUGUAGAUGCUAAUAAUAUAACUAACAUGAAAGCUUUAGAAGCUGUAGUACAAGAUGAAAAUAACUUUAUUAAACCUGAUAAUGUUAGUUUAACAAAAUGUAUAGUAAAUUUAAAAAAUACUCAUAAUUCUUCAGUAGGGGAUAUGCAUAUUGACAACGCCAAAGAAACUUCACAGAAGGAAAAGGGUAAUGCUGACGUUAAUUAUAAUAAUUGUACAACAGAUAAUGUUCCACAUGUACCACUUGAUCAUAGCUACGAUGAUGACGAUGCGUUAUCAUUGUUUGCUGAAAGUAUUACUGGUAUAGAAUCUUCACGAUUGAAUAGUUCAGUUGGUUCCCCACCUCAUAAACGAUUGGCUGAUGAGGAAGAAUACAUUCCUCGGCCAGUGAUAAAAGAACAGUGUAGUGCACCAGAGAAGUUAGUGUACCAUCCCACAAAAAUUAAAUAUAACGAACAUAGUGAUCAUAACAUUAAAACUAGGACUAUUUGUGAAAAACAAAAUGCCGAUUCAACUUCUAUUAAUAAAGAACCUGUCCAAGAUAAUACUAGUAAAUCUCAAUGUACAGAAAUGCUAAACAAAGUUAAUUUAAUGAAUAAUUGUGUCAAUCCAAUCAUUACAAAUGUUGCCAUGCCAAAAGAAAAGAACAGCUCUUACCUUAUGUCCUCUAUCUAUAAACCAUCGCAAGCUAUGAAAAGUGUUGUUUUUAAAGGUAUAUGUUUCUUUCAUAUAGUAUCGAGUUGUAGGCACAAUGCCCUGUGUCGGUUCCCACAUGUGAUACCUAAUACGAGGGAAAUUAAAGCUAAGCUGUGCACAUUGAGUGAAGAGAUGUUCAUACAGGAAUACAUGAUGAUGCGCAAUUGGCCGGGCUUACGGCGCCUUUACGGGCUAUGUUUCGUCGAAGAGGCCGCCAGGCGGGAGCUUACGUGCUUCCUUGUAGAAAUGGCGAUGGAUUUUGUGACGAAAGUAAACUGUACUUCAAGGGAGGACGGUUUACUCAAAAUCGAAGUUGCAGAAUUCACUUUGCUGCAUCUGAACACAGUCGAUUUGGAAACGUGCGAUAAUUUGUUGAAAUACAGCGUACGAGAAGAUGCUCUGCUUUGCGAUGUAUUCAUGGAGAUCAUCGCUGCGACGCAAAACUUCUCUCGGUUCAAAUUAGUGUUUCUAAAUCUAACCUGGUUUAUUGUAAAAAUAAAUAGAUCUUUCAGUUUAAAUGUGGCGACACAGAUAUUAGAGAGGGUAUGCAUUUUGCCCUACGAGGAACCACUCAUCAAAGCUUUGCUUAAUAUCAUCAGGCACACGGACCCAGCUAUAUUUGAGAAUACAGUAAUGGGCAAGUUUGAGAAACAACUGUUGAACACAAACAGAGAUCUUUAUGACCAGUUAAUGGUUAUUAGAAGGGAAAAUAUGAACAGAACAGUUAUGGAGAACCUGUAUGUAUCAUCGUCGCGGAUUAUUCGCGAGGUGGAGCCGCCGAACGUAGGGAUGUAUCCAGAGAGGGAGAAGAGGUACACCUCCCCUGAUACGACGUAUCUGGAUAAUUUGAAUAAAGACGAGCCGGUCAUAAAACGGACAAUCAACUUCGAUCCGUCCAGGUCGUUCAGCGUCGCACAGCGCGGCUCCGCCACCCAGUCCAACGAAGGCUACGACAAAUGGCGGUCUCAGCACGCUCCCAACUUCUCGAGUUGGCGGAACAGGAGUUUCUUUAAUAAAAUCCCCACAUUCAACCCCCCACAGAGAACCCUGAGGCCGCCGUUAAAGCGGCCACAGAUACACCGCCAUGUGACAUAUGGAGGGAGCCCUUCUAAAUUCCCACGACGCUCCGGGCCGGACUUCUUUUAGUUCCUAAUAACUUAACUUUUUUGUGUAAUCUUAAAACUGUUGGUAGUGUCAUAGGCAAAGAAUAACGCCAAGCGAACUUGAAGGUACGAAGACGUUAUAAUUUGUACGAACAACUCAUAAUAUAAAAAAAAAGUGAUACAAUUGUUACAUAUAAUUGUUAAGGUGAAAAAAUAUUUUAUUACCUAGUUAGAUAGCUCGAUAUAACUAAAAUCUAUUCUGAAAUUUCACUGUCUAUAAAAUUCACAGUAUUCUAUAAAAUGCGUGUCAAAGUACUGAACUUUAGAGGUAGCUUUAAAAUGACAUUUUCGAAUGGCACGACGCGGUUAAAAUUUUCUAUUUUUUUUUGUAUUUUUUUUUUUUAUUAUACUUACGUUAACCUAUGGUUGUAAAAUGGCGUUUUGAAACGAAAUGACUUCAGUAUUUUGAGAACAGUUUAGAUUAGUGUGUCAGGAAAGAAAAGAAAUUAAUUAUAUUGGAAACUGUAUUUAAUUAGUGAUUAUAAAUAAGAAUAAAUAGUAUAGGUUGAAGUUUCACUCAAACAGUUUGUAAAUACGCGCCAAAUGUACGUCAAAAUGUACCCUUCUUCCCUUCAAAUCUCGUAUAGAUUAGUAGGGUUGUCACAAACUUGUUUACAUUUAACGAUAUAAUAAGUUUUAUGCGACACGUGUAAGUGAACAAGGAAUAACACCUGAGUCCUCAGGAAUGGCAACGCAUGGAGGGUGUCAUAGGCGAAACAGUAUACUCUGUUAUGUCUAUGUUACUGCUCAUGUCUAUAGGCGACGAUUACCAUUUUCCAUCAGGUGGGCCGUCUUUUACAGUACAAAAAUGUACGCCUGUAAUAGUCCAUAAAUAGUAUAUUUCUUAAAGGUUUUAAAUUUAGUGAGCUAAAUAGAAUCGCAUUCUAAAUAUGAAAUUGGUAUAAUAGUGACGAAGUCCCGAGUUUCCAUGUACAAUUUGAUUUGAAAUUCUAAAUUGCUGCAAUCGACAAAAAAUUUAAUAUAGAUUUUAUUUUUAACUGACUUCAAAAAAUGGCUCUCAAUUCGGUUGUUUUUUUUAUGUUUGUCAUAUCUCAUAACCGAUUUGGAAUAUUUUUUUUUUAUCUGAAAGGAUAUACUUACAGCUUGGUCCCAUAGAAGUUUUAUCAAAAUCGGUUUAAUAUAUAUACAAAUAAAUCAUAAUGUAAUAUUCAGUUGUAUGAAAGGAAUUAAUAAAAAAAAUCCUUAUUUUAAUAUUUCUUAUUCAGUUCAGCGGCAUUUCCUAAUAAAUACAACAUGGAAACUUACAAGAGAUUUUGUACAUUUUUAAAAGUUUGGCAACAAAAUUGGCGACUCUCCAGAUGUCGUUAAUGUUCACGGGCUGCGGUAAUCACAAUGUAGUGAACAGCAUGCUCGUUUGUCGCCUUGUCACGUAAAAUAUGUAUACAGUGUACGCUCUAUAUAAGCAACAUUCUUUAUAAAAUAUAAUAUUUUCUCAAACAUGCUUGGAAAUGUAAGCAUUAUUCUGACAAUCUUCUUCGAGAUAAAUCAAAAUUGCCGUACUGGCCAGAUACAUGCGGGCAGCGGCCGACAAAAGUUGUAUGAAAAUCCAUAUCUAUCGUGUUUUGCGGCCAGAUAAAUCAAGCCAAGGCACACAUACGAGACUCAAGUAUGUGUGCCUCGGCUACGCCUCGUCCCACAUUUGCACGUUCGUCCAUUAAUGCCUCAGUUGCUGGCCACUGCAGUAAUGUACUAUUACUCUACUCAGCUCAGUAAAAGAAACGAGUAAAAAUAUUUUCCAAACGGUAAGUAUUUUUAUACUCCUUUUUUCCCUAUAAGCAACUUUUCCCAGUUUCUGGAUUGAAAUUGGUUCAAAUGAGUUGCUUAUAUAGACCGCACCGUGUAACGAUCACUGUUACCAUGAGUUUGUACGGACAAUUUAGUAGAUUAUUGUCAAGUUUCUACAGUAGUUUUUUUUUUAUCAAUGGGUGAUAAUGGAAAGGAAACCCCGUCUGCGCUGUCGGUAUACGUUGGCGGAGCACCAGUAAAGGAUGGUAGGUGAUGAUGAAAGCAGGUCAGUUAGCUUAUCGUGAUAAAUAUGCCUGGAAUUCAGCACAAUGGUUACCAGGGCGAACCACGUGUAGGUCGACCUGAUAGGAUGUAUUGCUGGCAAUGGAUCAGUUAGACCCCAUUAGUAACAAUUUCUACCCCCCCCCCUGUAUCUGUAGUAUUCAAUAGUGAAGCGACUGUAAACUGUACAUAUAAAUCUCGUUUUCGUUUACGUAGGAUAGGUUAAUUUCUCGUAAACUAAAACUGAUAGUCGACUAACCAUCGAAUACUACAAACUACUGUAGAAAUUUGGUAGUAAUCUGGGGACCAAGAAAUUAAAUUCCGAAUUUUUGGUCUCAAUUUUGUGUUUUUGUUCAUACCGAAAUCUGUCUAGUAAACGGAUCUUAAGAUUUUCUUCACAAAUUCCAAAGAAAUGAUAUUUAAACAUUUUUGAUAUUUUUAAAUGGUCUGUAUUAUGUUUUUUUUACAUACAACUUAGAAUGGCAAACAAGCUGACGGUCCACCUGAUGGAAAGUGGUAACCGUCGCUUAUAGACAUGAUCAGUACCAUGGACAUAACAGAGUAUACUGUUUCGCCCAUGAUACCCCCCAAUGCGUUGCCAUUCCUGAGGACUCGGGUGUUAUUCCUCUGUACCCUGUAAAUUCACGCCAUAUCCCACCCUUCAAACCGAAACACAGCUGCUUCACGGUUGAAACACGAAUGGGACAGAGGUAUCCAAGCAAUCGACUUUUGUACAAAGUCUCCCUCUGGUAGUAGUUUUGACACAAAUUGUUGUAUCGUUCGGCCCCGAAAUUUCGGUAAACAUUUCACGGUAGACCCUCUGCUUUAGUAAAGUUUUUGUAUAUUACAUAUAUUAUAGUUUACCUAAAUAAUGCCAAUAAUUCCCGUCUUUUAUAAGACAUUAUGACUUACGUUACUUUUGUAAAUUAAAAUUGUUUCUUUUGUAUUAUAUGUACACAGCGAUUAGUUAUAAAAAAAAAAAAGUUAAAAUUAUGUCUCUAGAUUUUGUUUGCACUAUAUAGCGUCCUUCAAAUAGUGCAAAUAACGGUACUGAAUUUUAGAAACGUUUGCCACAUGAUUCCCUGUCUACUCCUCAAGAGACCUAGCAUGAAGUUAGUGGUAGAAGAACUUGUGCCAUACGUUUGUUAUUACAAUUUAAUUAAUGUUACUAUAAACUGUCUACACCGCAAGGAACCGGCUUCCUAGACACGUGAUGAAUCUUGAUAGAUACGAUUUCGCUACUGCAUAUAUGAUAUAGGCGUGACAACAAAAUUUGAGAUCUUGUAGUUUUUUUAAAAGAGUGAUAAUUAAUUAGUAACCCCGCGUGCGCUAUCGGUAUUUGCUGGCGUUGUACCAGGGAGAGAUGAUACGAGGAUGAAAGUUCAGUUUUUUUAUUUUUUAUACAACUUAGAAUGGCAGACAAGCUGACGGCCCACCUGAUGGAAAGUGGUAACCGUUGCCUAUAGACAUGAGCCGUACCAUGGACAUAACAGAGUGUACUGUUUCGCCCAUGGUACCCCCCAUGCGUUGCCAUUCCUGAGGGUUCAGAUGUUAUUCCUCUGUACCCUGUAAAUUCACGCCAUAUCCCACCCUUCAAACCGAAACACAGCCAUGCAAACACAACUGCUUCACGGUAGAAACACGAAUGGGACAGAGGUACCCAAGCAAUCGACUUUUGUACAAAGUCUCCCUCUGGUAAAUAGUUAGUCCAUUGUUAUGAAUACAUCUGGAAUUCAGCACGAUGGUUUGCAGGAGAACCGCAGGGAGGUUGGCCUGACAGGGUAUGUUACUAGCAAUGGGGCUGGUAGCGCCCAUUACUUACAAUUCUUCUCACCCUUGGUGUCUUGUAGUUAACCCUUAGCGGUCACACUUCUAGUCCAUAACGUGAAUGCGUCACGCUAUUUUCGGGACUGGGUCUGAGGUGAAAAAGUAUAGAGUACUUAUUAAGCGACUUCAAAAAAAAUUUUUUAAUUCGAUUUAAUUUUUUUCAUGUUUGUUACCUCAACUCCGUCAAUUAACUAAUUAGGAAAAUUAUUUUACAUACAAAUUGGUCCCAUAAAUAUUUUAUUAAUAUCGGUUCCAUAGUUUAGUUCUGAAAUAUAAAUAACCAAUUUUGCCACAAUUGAAAUCGAGUUUUUUUUGUGUUAAACAAUUUUGAUAAAAACUUAUGUAACAUUUUUUAUUUUUCUCAUAGAAUUUUCAUAGUUUUGUAAGCCCAUAGAUUAUGUCUAUGUUUGUCCAGAGGAAUAUUCACCCCCUGCGCCCGCAAAGGGUUAAGUGCGCAGUUACGAAAACGUAUCUGUCGAUUUGUAGUUUCUUUUGCCACUUGACUAGGAAGGCUGGUGUAACGUGGUGACUUUGUAAAACUGCCUUUGUAAAAAUAUUAAACAUAGAAACAAAAUAAAGAUCUUAAUUCAAGCUUUAUUUUCAUAUUAUUAGUACAAUAAGGUAGAUAUGCACAGCUGUUACAGCUGUAAGUAAAUUGUAUAUUUUCAUUAAGUACCUAAUCCUAAUUAUUUUAAGUUCUAACUCGUGUUAUUAUUAAGUUUUGUUAAAUUGUUUAUAACAUAAGACUUAAGUUUUUUUAAUUAUAUAAAAGAAUAAAAAAAA